CUUCUUCGUUCAUUCCAACCCAGUCGGCGUCGCUGAGCAGAUCGGAAAAAUAACCGAGACGGUCAGGACCGAGCACGGUGGCUACGAAGUAGCGGACACGUCCGGCUUUAAAUCACCGUAGAGCAUUUGUUAAAAGGAGAAUUCUACACGCGUCUUUACGUAACUACAUAACAGGACUACUUUUUCCACCUCCUUUGGGAUUUUUUUUUUUGAGCCGCCAUAAGCGUUUAACUCCACCCGAAGUGAAACCCCCACCUCUCUCUUCUUUCCAAACUCAAAAUGGAGAACGGCGACAACAAAUACCUCCCCGAGCUGCUGGCGGAGAAGGACAGCCUGGACUCGUCUUUCACACACGCUAUGAAACUUUUAGAAGCAGAAAUCGACAGGGUCCAGAAGGGCGAGUCGAAGAAGGAGCCAGACACAUACCUUGAUCUUUUCACGAACAAAUUCAUCAAGCUUAAGGAACGGGUCCUGAUACCUGUGAAACAGUACCCCAAGUUCAAUUUUGUGGGCAAGAUCCUGGGACCCCAAGGCAACACCAUCAAACGUCUGCAGGAGGAGACCGGGGCCCGGAUCUCUGUGCUGGGCAAGGGCUCCAUGAGAGACAAAGCUAAGGAGGAAGAGUUGAGGAUCGGCGGAGAGCCGAAGUAUGCCCACCUGUCUAUGGAGUUGCACGUGUUUGUGGAGGUGUUUGCCCCCUUGCCAGAGGCCUACUUGCGUAUGGCCCACGCCAUGGAAGAAGUCAAGAAGUUCCUGUUUCCUGAUGUGACUGACGAUAUCUGCCAAGAGCAGUUCAUGGAGAUGGGCUACCUGAACGGAGGCCAGGAGCACGCGGGCCGAGGAAGAGGCGGCAUGCCAAUUCGGGGACGUGGCGGCCCCCCCGGAGCACACAGGGGAAGGGGAAUGCCCCCUCGCGGCACAGGUCGGGGAGCUAGAGGCGCAGGAAGAGGCGUCCCUGCUGCUCGAGGAGGACCAGCCGCCGCCGCGGCUAGGGGGGCUGUGGCGGCCCGUGGCGCCAGGCCCCCCGCCGGCGCCCCACCCCAGAGAAUGCUACCCCACCAGCACACUCCUGCCGCAGUCGCGGAAAGCUAUGAGGAAUAUGCCUACGACGAGAGCUACGCGGCUGACACCACCUACGAGUCAUACGACAGCUAUUACACCCAGCAGCCACAGGCAGAGGCAGAAUAUUACGACUACGGACAUGGAGAGUCUGCAGAGUCAUAUGAAAAUUUUGCCCAAGAUGACUGGAACGGCACCCAGCGAGCAGCUCCUGGCAAAGCUGCACCCGCAGCCAGGGGUGGGGCCAAGGCACCCUACAGGCAGCACCCAUACCAACAGUACUGAAGCGGACCCGCCCUCCCCCUUACAGGGUUGCCCUGACAAGCGCCUGUCGACAACGGCAGCUCUCGCUUUAAGCAGCCCGACACAAGUAAUUGUCCGUUUUGGCUUUGGUUCCUUGGUUUGUUUGGUUGUUUUUUUUUUUUCUUUCUUUAUUUUUAACUCAAUUGGACUUUAUACAACAUUGGGGAUUUUUUUUUUUUUUUUUUUUUUUAGGGGGGUGGUUUUUUUUUUUUUUGUUUUUUUUUUUUUUAGAUUCGGCCACACACCCAUUUCCCCCGAUACACACACCACAGACAACCAAAGCAAUUUCUAGAGUUAUUUCCUUUCCUUUUUCUUUGGUUCUUUUCCUGUAUUGUUUUCUCUGACCAUCCCACAGCCCUCUGACUUUUUUGGCAUUGUUUUUUAAAAAAAAAGAGAGAAAAGCUGUUUUGUAAAAGUAACUUCCAGUUGAAUUAUUGGCUCAUUCUCCACCUGUCUUAAAGAAUACAUUUAAUUGUGUUUUAUAAAUAAAGAAUCUGUCAUGGUUCAGUUGCAGAUUCCCAUUUAGGCUACAUUUCAAAAUUCUGUUAAUAUAGUCCAAUAAAAAAGUCCUUCUUAAACCUGUAAUGUAGAGACAAAAAGAAAUCUAAAAUCAAGUGAAGAUUAAAGUUAAUUGAAAUCAAGUCAUUCUUUGUGAUGGUUUGUUUUUAAAUAGCUAUAAAAACAUUCUUCAUUUAGAUUUAGGCAACAAUAUGUGUCAUUGUCCAUUUAGAGUUUUGAAAUAUAGCCCUAAUAAGACACUGUUGAGAUGGCCUGUCCUUAUAUCCUCAAUUUGGUUUACAUGUAAAUGGGAGGGAAACCGAGCACAUUCUAGCAUUUCACCAAAUGGCCUCCUGUUAUGUCAACAAACAGUUCAAGUCUUCUCUUCAUGUUUGUGAUCUGAUUCUGCAUAAAAUGCAUGCCCCAAAAUGAGAAGAAAACAAAAGGAUUGGGACACAAAUCUCCACAUGGGUCAUCUCUCCACAGAGAAGGGAUCCUGCAGCUCAAUCCCAACUCUUGUACAUAUUUUAAAACCUAACUGUACUUACUCUGUACCCUCUCCAUAAAAUGCAUUAUGCUACAUGUGUACGCUUGCCUAAAUAGGUUACUAAAUCUGUCCAAAAGAUGUUUUGCAGCAGUUUGUUCAAUAAAGCUUAGUGGGUUUUCUAUGAAACGUAA